AUGACAUCUGGAAAGGUCGCUUCGAAACGAGACCCCAGAGCAUGGGACGCUCUGACGCCACCGCUCGCAGAAUGGAUCCUGGAUGCCAUGUCGACCAUGGGCUUCGCCAAGAUGACCCCGGUGCAGGCGGCCACUUUGCCCCAGUUCCUGGGCAACAAGGACGUCGUCGUCGAGGCCGUAACCGGUAGCGGCAAGACCCUCUCCUUCUUGAUACCCGUCGUCCAGAGGUUGCUGUCCGUCGACGCACCGACCAAACGACAUCAUGUCGGCGCCAUCAUUGUUUCGCCCACGCGGGAGCUCGCCGCUCAAAUACACACCGUUCUCCAGUCCCUUCUAAAAUUCCACGCCCCCUCCGCCGAGCUGCUGUCGUGUCUCCAAGAUGACGAACAGCGACCUGCGUCCUCCGUACCGGUUGUCAUCCCGCAGCUGCUCGUCGGAGGCACCACGACAACGGCGCAAGACCUGAGCUUCUUCCUGCGAAAUAGUCCGAACCUGCUCAUCUCAUCUCCCGGGCGACUCGUCGAGCUGCUGGCAUCACCGCACGUCCACUGCCCCCAGUCCUCCUUUGAGGUGCUCGUCCUCGACGAAGCCGACAGGCUGCUUGAUCUUGGCUUCAAGCAGGACCUACAAAGAAUCAUCUCGCAAUUGCCGAAGCAAAGGCGCACCGGCUUGUUCAGCGCAAGCGUCAGCGAGGCUGUGAGCGAAAUCAUCCGCGUCGGCCUGCGAAACCCCGUAAAGAUUGAAGUGCGGGUCAAGAUGAAAGAUGGCGGCAUUCUCGAGGACAGAAAAACCCCUGCCAGUCUCAAGAUGGCUUACAUGCUCACACCGGCGAGCCAAAAACUUCCCGCCUUAUCACAGCUUCUGGAUCGGUUACCCGUCAGGCCACAGCGGAGCAUCAUCUUCUUGUCCACGUGCGCCGCCGUCGACUAUUUCCAACACAUCGUACCCCAGCUACUUCCUUCUGGCUUUUCCGUCAUUCCGCUUCACGGCAAGCAUCCUGCGAAAGUGCGCGAAAAGAAUUUUCAAAAGUUCUUGACCUCGGUUUCCUCCACAAUUCUUUUGACAACAGACCUUGCCUCUCGAGGCCUCGACAUUCCCCAGGUGGACCUCGUUGUGCAGGUUGAUGCACCGUCGGACCCAAAAGUGUUUAUACAUCGCAGCGGAAGAGCCGGGAGAGCAGGUCGGAAGGGCUUGGCCGUGGUGAUGCUGCAUCCCGGAAGGGAGGAGGACUACAUCAGAUUCCUGGAAGUCCGCAAGACUCCCAUAAUUCCGCUGCAGAAGCCAGAGAUACGUGUUUCGGAGCAUGACGUCAAGGCGGCAACGGAAAAGAUCCGGACACUUGCCCGAGCGGAUAGAGCCGUCUAUGACAAGGCUCAGAAGGCCUUCGUCAGCUGGGUCCGAAGCUACUGCGCCCACCAGGCGACGUCGAUCUUUCGUGCCACGGACCUGAACUGGGCAGAUCUUGCCAACGCCUGGGGUCUUCUUCGCAUGCCCAAGAUGCCGGAGCUCAAGGGGUGGGAAGGUGACAAGACGUUGGGGAUAGAAAUGGACUGGGACACGUUUGCGUACAAGGACAAGGCGCAAGAAACGGCGAGGCAGGUGGCCCUCGAAGCCGAGAGGUCAGGUGAGACGAAAAGCAAGGCCGCCGAUGCGAAGAGAAAGCGAAAGCAGAACGAGGCCUGGAGCUCCAAGCUGGGCCAGGAGGAGGUGCGCGUCGAAAGGCGCGAGAAGCGACGGAAGAAGCGGGAGGCCGAAAAGAGGAUGACCAUGACCGAGGAAGAAAAGGUCAAGCAGAUGGAGCUGGACGAGCUGCUCGCCGAAAUCAGGAAGAAGAACCAAGCCAAGCCGGCUGCGUCCAAAGGUGACGAGUUUGAGGGCUUUGCCGAUUAG